CGCUUUAACGAAUGUGUAUGUUUUCGUGGGACCGCCGCGAGGUAUACGCACACGCUCGGCGUCUCAUCCGCUGCUCCCGUGGACGAGGUGGGUAAUCGCCGAGUGAUCCGGCCGGUCGCGCGAUUGAUCGAUUAGCGGCGCGUCGCUUAACGGAGCAACAAGUCGAUCGCCCAGGUCGCCCGCGCGCUUGCGGCACCUUCGUUACGCGAGCGUGGACAUCUCGCAACAUGUCCGCUGCACCGACCCGGGUCGGCGUUAUUCCCGGGAUUUCGUACGCGUGCGGCGCCAUACGAUGAUGCGCACGCGGCUUUAGGGGGAGAGGAACGCGAUGCGUCCACGCGCGACGUCGACGACGGCGUACGACGUUCUCGCGCGCACUAGCCACGACGACGACGAGGACAACAACAACGACGGCGACGACGACGACGAAGACGAAGACGGCGACGGCGACGAUCUCGCACGCGCACCGUACGAGGAUGACGACAGAAACGGAGCUCUGUCGGCUCUGCGCCGAGACCAGGGAGAAUCUCAUCGGGAUCUACGAAGCCGAGGGCCAGAAGCUCGCGAUCGAGGCUAAGAUCGCUAAGUGCCUGCAGAUACAGGUUCUAAUAACGGAUGGCUUGCCACUUAUGAUUUGCAUAGAAUGCUGUGAUUUGUUGAACCAAUGCAGCGAGUUCUUUGAGAAGACCAAUCGAGCACAAAUAUCUCUAAGACAAAUGCUGAUAGAUCCAAAGUCUGAACCACAACAGGUUGAACCAAAUUUAGAUUAUGUAGAGGAGACCACAGAAUUUUCAAAGAACGAAGUCAACAACAGUGAGGAGAUUAUCCAGAGCCAGUUACCUGACAAUUACAUCAAUGAGGCAGUUAAUAUCUUAAAUACUUCUUACUUCAUUGAGGGAUGUAAUAAAAACGAGAAUUCUAUAACUCAGGAUAACUCAAUGCAAGACGAUGUAAAACAAAAGAAGUGUAAAAUACAGAUAAAGAAGAGUUCUCCCAAACAGACUAAGAAAAAAAUGAAGAAAAAAGGACAGAUGCAAAAAAGUGAAGAAGAAUCCGAGCUCUAUAUAUCUUCUCAAGUAGAUAAGGAACAGAGUGAUGCAGCUUUGAAAGAUAAUACUGAUAUUAUAGAUAAUUAUAUUCCUGUAGAGACAGAAUCAAAUUUAGAAAUAAGAGAAGCACGAACGGUGGAAGCAACAAAACAUGGAAGAAAAAAGACGGAAAGUCUGGAGAGAUAUCCUUGGUUAUGCACGGACUGCAAUGACAAAUUACCAUCUUUAGAAGCAUUGGAGGAGCAUCACGAAACUGUGCAUAAUCAACAAGCCAAGUAUAUGUGUGUGCAAUGUUGUAAGGUCUAUGACAAGUAUUAUGGGUUCCUUACUCAUGUUAAGAGGCAUAAAAAUAAGGCAAAGUUCAGCUGUGAAGAUUGUGGGAAAUCAUUUGUACAUAAAAAAGUAUUAGAUUCCCAUAAGACCGUUCACAGCGAAGAACGGCCAUACGUGUGCCAAACUUGUGGUAAAGCUUUCAGGCAGCAAAGUGCUUUAUGUAUUCACAAUCGAUGCCAUUUGCCUGAGACUAUGAAAAAUAGAUUUCCGUGCGAUCAAUGUGAUAAAAGAUUCUCAACAAAACCGAAUCUUGUAACACAUAAACGUAUUCAUUCUGGCGUCAGAAACUUUACGUGCGAUCAGUGUGGCAAGAGUUUUAUACAGAAAGGAAAUUUGGAGGCCCAUUUCCUAACUCAUUCCCCAGAUAAGCCAUAUAAUUGUUCUCAGUGUACAAAAGCGUUUAAAACACCGUUACAAUUGAAGAAACACGAAACAGUGCAUACUGGUGCCAAGCCACAUCAAUGUGCUGUAUGUGGACGAACCUUUAGAGAGAAAGGAACGUUGAGAGAGCACCACAGAAUUCACACUGGUGCAAUGCCAUUUACCUGUGAAUUUUGUGGCAAGUGCUUCCGUUUUAAAGGAAUAUUAACUACACACAGGCGACAACACACUGGAGAGCGUCCAUACAGUUGUUUGGAGUGUCAACACCAUUUCACGAAUUGGCCGAAUUAUAAUAAGCAUAUGAAACGUCGACAUGGAAUUAAUACUUCUCACACUAAGCACCUGACCAAUAACCAACAGUUGCAACAGCAACAAACAACGGAACAAACGCAAUCACUACAUCAAUCGACACAAGAUCCACUUUCUAUAUCUACAACAGAAUCAACAACAGUACAAGUAAUACAAGCAGUUCCUCAUGCCUCUGCAUCACAACCAAUAGUCAUUCAAACUAUUCCAACCACCACUAUUCAGAGUUUCCAAACGGAUGUCACUAGUACUGUUCAAGAAACGGUAUUUCGAGAUCGAAACACUUAUUUCAACACAGUGCCAGCGUUACAGGGCUUUAUGCCAGCAAACUUGCCAACGUAUAAUUUUUAUAGCAUUCCUAAUGUUACGGAAAAUGAUUUAAUUCAACAUAGAUAAAAGUACGUUAAGACCAAGCUUGUAAAGAUGACUAUGUCUUUGUGCUGAUUGAUCGAAAUACGAAAAACAUGCAUUUAACAUAUUAAAAUCAAUAUGAAAUUUAUAAAUUACUCAGAAAACAAGAGGAAACAGAAAAGUCGUAGUGUAUAAAAUUGAGUAAUUAUUUUACAUGUAAUUUUUUCUCGCAGAAUUUAAGAGAUAAAAGAUUAGCACAGAAACAUGGAACUAGAAAAUGCAUUACACACAUAAGUAGUAUCAAUCUUUUGUAUAAAAAACAUACAAAAACGAGACGAUAAGAGUAACUGAUUAUAUACGUUUUAUAUUGUACUAGUAAUGAUAUUGAUACUAUUAGACUACAAAUUGUAUAUAUACAUAUUGUUUAGCAACAUUUAUUAUCAAAUACACGUGAAUGCUUUUCGUAAAAAUUUUUGUAUAAAAAAAA